AUGCCUAGCAUAGCGGGUAUUUCUGAAGAUUCCGACUAUACGUCCGAUGUGUCGUUUCCAAUCCAUCAUCAGCCGAAUAGUUCCGUUCACCAAUGGGACAGUCAUCUGUACCCGAAUCGUCACGCAAGGCCGCUCGAUCAUACGCCUCAACCCUACGAUAGACACUCAAAUCAAUGUGACCCAUUCAAAAGUAGACAGCAAAUCGAGUUUCCUGCACUCGUUUCGAUUAGUACCCAAGAACAGAGGUUGCAGGCAAGUUACGAGGACGAAGAGGAUGCUUACCAUCAGCGUUAUUAUGAGGGCGAGAGUGACGCAACACAACGAGGUGCCAAUGAAAGUUACAGUGAAAGCGACGACCGUGAGUACGGAACUCAAUUCCGAAGUUCUUCGCAGAUGAACGAUCAGUUCCCGAGGUCGUCGAUGAGCUACUAUGAACCAGUGAUGCAGGAACAUGGCUAUACGACUGAUACUUACGAUGAAUACGAGCAACGACGAUCCAGUUCCAGGCAAAAACGUGACAGUGAUACAUCGAAUGUGUCGGAUGCACGUGCACGACGGAAACGCUGUAAGGUAUUCAGUUAUGACGGAGAUUAUUAUCAAGCGUUGGGCUAUGACACUGACACGCACACGGAUGAAUACUAUCCUCGAGCGAGCAGUUCGUAUGAGCGAUAUCCGAAUGAACGACAUCCUCAUGAUGAUUUCUAUCGCGAAAGGUCCGAUUGGGAGCAACGGAACAGUGACUGGACCGAGGAACAGGAACCAUUGUCGUACAACAGUCGU